GCUGAAGGGAGCAACUGUGUAUAAGGAGGCGAAAUGGGGACGAUUUACUCAGAAUUUCAAUUUCAGGAGACUGAGGAUUGGGGUGGGUCACAAGUAUAACUCAAAGCCUUGUCUCGUUCGGUAAACUGAGGCCCAGGUAAUGCCAGACGCACCAGAGCAAAGAGAACCCACAACCGUCCAGAGGAAGGGUCAGUGGGUGCCACCUGCUUUGCACCUGUGCCUUCACCCUGCCCAGUUCCUGAGGAGGACCGCAGGCCCGGAAGGCAGAGGCAAACAGCCCUACAACUGGGCUCUAAUCCCGCCCCCUUUCAUAGGCAUGAAACUGGGAAGCAUCUGGGCAACUGCUGACCAUUCUGUUUAAACGGCCCAACCUGGUCACAGGGUGUGGCGUGGCCAUGCCAGGCACAGGGCUGUCUGGCCAGCAUGUCACUCUGGGGGGUGCGCCUGGUCGGCCUGCAGCUUUCCCUCUCCUGCUGUUGGGCUUUCAGCUGCCACAACACCCUGUCCUCCCCUGACUUCAGCCUCCCUGGGGAUUACCUGCUUGCAGGCAUGUUCCCUCUCCACAGUGCCCCUCUAGAGGCGAGAGGAAGACCCACGGUGACCUUCUGUGACAGGUCCAACAGCUUCAACGGCCAUGGCUACCACCUCUUCCAGGCCAUGCGGUUCAGCAUCGAGGAGAUAAACAACUCCACCGUCCUGCUACCCAAUGUCACCCUAGGGUACGAGCUGUACGAUGUGUGCUCAGAGUCAGCCAACAUGUAUGCCACGCUAAGCAUACUGAGCACGCUGGGGAGGCGCUCUGUGGAGAUCCAGGGAGGCCCUGCCCAUUUUUCCCCUGCGAUGGUGGCGGUGAUCGGGCCUGACAUCACCAGCCACGCUCUCACCACUGCAGCCGUGCUGAGCCCCUUCCUGGUGCCCCUGCUUCUGGAGCAGAUUCGCAAGGUGAAUUUCCUUUUACACAAAAACACUGUGACAUUUAAUGACGAUGGCAGUACCCUCAGCAACUAUGACAUAAUCGCCUGGGACUGGAGUGGCCCCAACUGGACCUUCAGGGUCAUCGGCUCCUCCUCUCCAUUUUCAAUGUCGCUGGACAUAAAUACGACCAAAAUCCGGUGGCAUGGAAACGCCAACCAGGUGCCUACGUCUGUGUGUUCCAGGGACUGUCCUGAAGGCCACCAGAGAGUGAUCAUAGGUUUCCACCAUUGCUGCUUUGAGUGUGUGCCCUGUGAGGCCGGGACCUUCCUCAAUAAGAGUGACCCCUAUAGAUGCCGGCCUUGCGGGAAAGAAGAGUGGGCACCUGAGAGAAGCGAGACCUGCUUCCCACGCAUUGUGGUGUUUUUGACGUGGCACGAGCCAGUCUCUUUGGUGCUGCUGGCAGCUAAUACGCUGCUGCUGGUGGUGGUGGCUGGGACUGCUGGCCUGUUUGCCUGGCACCUAGACACCCCUGUGGUGAGGUCAGCUGGGGGCCGACUGUGCUUCCUCAUGCUGGGCUCCCUGGCAGGGGGAACUUGGGGCCUCUAUGGCUUCUUUGGGGAGCCCACACUGCCCACGUGCUUACUGUGCCAAGGCCUCUUUUCCCUCGGUUUUGCCAUCUUCCUGUCCUGCCUGACGGUCCGCUCCUUCCAACUUGUCUUCAUCUUCAAGUUUUCUGCCAGGUUACCCACCUUCUUCCGUGCAUGGGUCCAAAACCAUGGUGCUGGCCUGUUUGUGAUGAUCAGCUCAACAACCCAGCUGCUUAUCUGCCUAGUUUGGCUUGCAGUGUGGACCCCACUGCCGACCAGGGAAUACAAGCACUUCCCUCAACUGGUGGUGCUUGGCUGCACAGAGGCUAACUCACUGGGCUUCAUGCUGGCUUUUACCUACAAUGGCCUCCUCUCUAUCAGCGCCUUUGCCUGCAGCUACCUGGGCAAAGACCUGCCAGAGAACUACAGUGAGGCCAAAUGUGUCACCUUCAGUUUGCUCCUCAACUUCGUGUCCUGGAUCGCCUUCUUCACCAUGGCCACUGUUUAUCAGGGCAAGUAUCUGCCCGCGGUCAACGCGCUGGCCAUGCUGAGCAGCUUGAGUGGCUGCUUCAGCGGUUAUUUCCUCCCCAAGUGCUACGUGAUUCUGUGCCGCCCGGACCUCAACAGCACCGAGCACUUCCAGGCCUCCAUCCAGGACUACACCAGGCGCUGUGGUUCCACCUGA